CCGAUCAUGUACCCGUCAAACCAGUCACACAUUCAAGUCCGACACACCACACGCACGGCACGCUGCAGAAGGUCCACCCAUCCCUGACUAUCCCUCGAUCGGUCAAAGCACACAACACCACAGCACAGCAUAGGAGGGGCAGCGUCAUAACUCGUCAUCGAAUAUCUCGCUGAGAGAGAAGAAUGGGAUGGGGAACGAUCCCUCGCUGGGCGGCCGGAGCUUCCGCGUGAACCAGUUCAGUCCCCUGUAGAGCGGGAUGCUGAGCCGCUGAUAUUCCAGCACGCCAAGCGUCAGCAGUGCGCCCCAGAUGGCCAGUGCGUAGAGCCCCCUGCCGGCCGCCACACCCAGAGCUGCUGCCACCCAUAUGCCUGGUGGACACCAGCAUGACAUGACAUGACAAGACAUGGCAACACAUCACAGCAACAGGGGACAAGCAAGCGCUUUCUCUUCCCCCGUGUAUUUCGCAUUGAUCCAUUCACCCACAAACUUACCUGCGGCAGUGGUGAUGCCCCUGAGAGCGAUCUUUCCCCCCGGCUCGACGUUCCAAGAGCCAUCAAUGAUGCCGGCACCGAUGAACCCCACACCCGACGCUACUUGUGCUGCUAUCCGUGCCGGGUCGCCCCCCACUGAGGCGAAGCUCAGACUCGCCAGCGUGAAGACGGCCGCGCCGACGGACACCAGUGUGGUGGUGCGAAUGCCCGCCGGCCGCUUGGACGAGAAUCGCCGCUCGAUGCCAAUCACAGCCCCGACAGCUCCCGCCACGGACAGGCGGCAUGUCAUCUCCAGCUCGCGCCUCCAGUCGAUGAACAUGGUCGGCUCGAGGAAGCGGAACAGCAGAGAGAAGAUAAGGGAGCUGGUCGACAGCAUCGCUAUCAGCACGAUCUGGGAGAAGUUGUCGAACCGCGAGCGCUCCUUCUCCCUCAUGGCGUCCAUGGCCUGGGCUGCCGCGCCGUAAGGGCCGAGCGCCUUGUAGUCUGGGGGAGAGUGAGGUGGAGGCUUCACGCUGUUGGCCGUGCCUUUGCUCUUGGGGGCUUUCAGCUCCUCCACUGCCUCGCUCGGCACGUUGUCCAGCAGACUUGUGCUGUGACAGCGGGUCAUUGCGGACCGUCGUAGAGGCCGAGGUGGAAAGAGUAGAGGUGAGCCGUCACGUUGCGGCCGUGCCUGGUGGUCCCCAAACAGACCUCCUCUCCGUGGCCGCCUCGCCGUGAGUGCAUCAUCAUCACUGGACAGACUCAUCAGUGGCCGUGUCGGUCUGUUGCGAUGGGUCCUUGCCUGGAUCUCUCGUGGGUGUCGGCGCAACGGCGCGACGAAGGACGGCGGCCUCGCUUCAUGGAUGAGUCUUGCUGUUCUGUCUGGAUGCAAGCACGGGCCUCCAGACGAUGAAGCAACCGGGCUUGCCUGCAGCAGUAGUGGCUG